CCGAAGAACAGUAUGGAAUGUGUACUGUGGAAGGUGUACUGAAACGAUUCUCAAUGAAAGGACUGGCCCAGAUAAUCAUAGUUUAAAAAUUCACACAAAAUGGUUGAGGAUCGGACGACAGCCAAAGAACUAGAUCAGUGGAUUGAGCAGUUGAACGAAUGUAAGCAGUUGUCAGAAAAUCAAGUGAAGAUUCUUUGUGAAAAGGCCAAAGAUAUUUUGUCAAAAGAAUCAAAUGUUCAAGAAGUAAAAUGUCCAGUAACAGUGUGUGGAGAUGUUCAUGGACAGUUCCAUGAUUUAAUGGAACUGUUCAGAAUUGGAGGAAAAUCUCCUGAUACUAAUUAUUUAUUUAUGGGUGAUUAUGUUGAUAGAGGUUAUUAUUCAGUAGAAACAGUUUCCCUUCUAGUCGCUUUAAAGGUACGGUACAAGGACAGAAUCACAAUUUUAAGAGGUAACCAUGAAAGUAGACAGAUUACUCAAGUAUAUGGUUUUUAUGACGAAUGUUUACGGAAAUAUGGUAAUGCCAACGUGUGGAAAUAUUUUACAGAUUUAUUUGAUUAUUUACCUUUAACAGCCCUUGUUGAUCAACAGAUAUUUUGUUUACAUGGUGGUUUAUCACCCUCUAUAGAUACCCUUGAUCAUAUACGAGCUUUAGAUAGAUUACAAGAAGUUCCGCAUGAGGGUCCAAUGUGUGAUUUAUUAUGGUCUGACCCUGAUGAUAGAGGAGGAUGGGGCAUUUCACCAAGAGGUGCAGGAUACACUUUUGGUCAAGAUAUAUCAGAAACCUUUAAUCAUAGUAAUGGCUUAACAUUAGUGUCCAGGGCUCAUCAGUUGGUAAUGGAGGGUUAUAAUUGGUGUCAUGAUAGAAAUGUUGUAACUAUAUUUAGUGCUCCCAAUUAUUGUUAUAGAUGUGGCAAUCAGGCCGCUAUAAUGGAGUUAGAUGAUGCUCUCAAAUAUUCUUUCUUACAGUUUGAUCCUGCACCACGUCGUGGUGAACCACAUGUAACAAGACGAACACCAGAUUAUUUCUUGUGAAAAACAGGAGCAAUAAAUUUAAAUAUAGUAGUGAAUUAUUAUUGUGUUUUGUUGGGCAAAACUAUUCAUUUAGACCUGGUGAUUUUCAUUUUUACUAACUACAUGACAUUGUACAUUGGCCGAACAAAUCACAUUCAAAUUUAGUACAGAUAUUUUACAUGGAAAUAGCAAUAUCGUAAUGACAUUUAGAAAUUUGCCCAUACUUUCAAGCAUCAGUGGUGCCAAGUAUUAUCUUCAAUCUUCGAUCUUUAUAAGAAUUCUUACCUUUGUACUUAGACAAAUCAAACUUUUUUUUAUGUUCUUGACAACAAUAACGCAAGUCUCAUAUUGUCAUUGUAAACGUUGAUUGUUUUUAUUCGAAUUGUUGGGUAAAUUAAUAUGAAAUAAUCACAUUAUAAUCAAGUUGUGCAACAUUUUAGACAUUACAUAAUUUUAUGUCGAUCCAUUUGAGAUAUCUAGAUUCAAAAGUUCUUAAAAGUAUAUAAUCAAAUUUGUCAAGAUUAUGCAGGCUAGCUUGCUAUUUAAAGGGCAUUUGAUUCUCUCAAUGUGGUUAAAUAUUUAAGUUUAUUUUUAACAGUUCAUGUAAUGUUAAUAGAAUUAUACUUUACAGCAGGAAUGCAGAAAUAUUGGAUUUUUGUAGGUUUUGCUUGUACAUUUUGCAACAAUUUUUUCAAUUUAAAGGGAAUAUCAAGUAGAAUUUUACUAAAUCUGCAUAUUUAUAUUUUUGAAUUAUAAGUUAGAUUUCUGCAUACCUGAAACAGUAUUGUAUAUAAUAUAAAUAAAUAUCACAAUAUAUUGAGAAAAGCUGUGUUAAAAGCUUCAUUUGUUGUCAGGUGUUGUUUCUGUCUUUUUUCUUUAACAAAAUGAAUGUCCAAGGAGAAGUCAUGAAGUAUUCUGUAUAGUUUAUUAGCUUCUACCCAUUUCCCAACUUUUAUUUCAAUAGCUGGAUACAAUUAUUGUUGAUAUUAUCCACAUGUAAAAUAAAUUAUUAAAUGUAUUUGGUUUAUAUCUAUGGUAACUA